AUGUCUACCAAUGCUAGCUCUAGCUCUAGUUGGAUGGUGGAGAUGGAGAAGCUGCUCGAGGACACCAGGCCAUCAGUGGAGAUGGCGCGGUGGAAGCAGCACUCCAUCUACCGGGUGCCGGAGUUUAUCAAGAAGAUGACCAACAGAGAUGCCUACCAGCCGCAGUUCGUAUCGCUAGGCCCCUUGCACCACGGCGAGCCCCAUCUCAUGCCCAUGGAGGAGCACAAGAGGCGGGCGGUGCUGCACAUGUUUAGGCGGGCCAGGAAGCCUCUAACGAAGUUCGUCGAAGCAAUCGAGGAAGUGGCGGAUGAGCUCGAGGCCGCCUACGAUGGCCUUGAUGAUAGAUGGCGGGGAGCAAGCAGAGGUAGCUUCGUGGAGAUGAUGGUCACGGAUGGAUGCUUCCUGUUGGAGCUGAUGAGGAUAGAUCUAAGUCGAGUGGCCAAGGACGACGGGGGAGGGGAAGUAGAUACUGGUUACGCGGCCAACGACCCCGUCUUCAGUACGAGCAGCUUUCUUAAUUUGUGGCCAAUAAUGUCGAACGACAUGAUCGCGAUGGAAAACCAAAUACCUCUAAUCGUUCUUCAGAGGAUCGUAUUUGCUGCUAGUGGGAGUGACACACCCCCGAGCGCUAGAUGGAUCAACAAUACGGUGCGACUUCUUCUGUGUGGCCCAAGCUUUGAGGAAGGCAUGGACAACCUAGGCCUUCAUUUCCUGGACAUUCUUCACAAAGGCUAUUGUGGCACAAGACCAUAUUGGCGAAGGUCGGAGUAUGAGGCUCGCACGCCCUGUGCAGUUGAGCUAAGCGAGGCAGGGAUCCAGUUCCAAAAAAGCAACACUAAAAGCAUCCACGAUGUUGACUUCGUAAACGGGGUGCUGAGCAUGCCGCUGUUAAGGUUACAUGAUCAAACGGAGAUGGAGCUCCUCAACCUGAUGGCAUUUGAGUGGCUACACCCCAACACGACAAACGACGUGAGGUGCUACAUAGCCUUUGUGGACAACAUCAUUGAGUCGGAAAGAGACGUGGCACUUCUGAGAUCCCAAGGGCUCAUUGAGAACAGGAUGUGCAGCGACAAGAAGGUGGUGGAGUUGUUCAACGUUACCACAAAGUUAUCAGAGGCGAACAUAUACAACAGGCUGGGCCACGUGCAGUGGAAGAUGAACGCCCACUGCAAGAAGCGCCGGAACAAGUGGCGCGCCAUCUUCAUGAACAACUACCUGAGCAACCCCUGGGUGUUCAUCUCCCUGGUGGCCGCCUUCAUCCUGCUAAUUGCCACCAUCAUGCAGACAAUCUACACCGUCGUGCCAUUCUACACCAACAAGGGCUAGCAGGAAUUAUUAUUGUGUACAAUAAUGUGACUUUCUAUGGUAGUUGUAUGUGCCUUUCUAUACAUGGGUAUACGUGUGGGCGAUUAUUAUUUCUCUCCAUUAGUUGUACCAUUUAUUUGGAGAGAGAUUGUAUGUUACUGUGAGUUUUGGCUCUACAUCUGUGCUUCGCUCUGUGCAUUUGUGAGAGAUUACAGUAUGUUUUAAUUUGACUCUGAGGGAAGAACAUUAUAUUCAACAGUGUUUGUUUUGGCACCAA